AUGGAAGAUGGCGAAGUAAAAAUAGAUACCAAAUUAGACACCAGCGGACUAAACGAGGGACUGAAAGGCCUAAAAGUCAAAUUGAAUAGUCUAGGUGUCGAAACCGAAAAGGAAACAAAAAAAGAAGAGAAAUUCAAUGAGGAGUUGGACAAGACCGCAGACGCUGCAAAGAAAAGCGGUGAUGCGGUUGAAAAGGCCGCAAAGAAAAACAAGAAUCUCGGCGACAUACUGAAAGACAUUAAGGGGAAAAUCAACGGAACAACAGUCGCAGGAAUAGCGGCGGCGGCGGCAAUCAAGAAAACGGUCGAAGUCUUGAACGAUUGCGCGGCGGCAUACAGAACGCAGGCGAACGCAGAAGAGGCGUUGCAAAUCGCCGCCAAGAACAACCCGUAUUUAAAUGAAGAAAACGUAUAUAAUUUACAGAAAUUUGCUAGCGCGCUACAAAGUUUUAGUGAAAUUGGCGACGAAGUAAGCAUGCAGAUAAUGGCACAGCUAGCAGCAACCGGAAGAACCGAGAAUGAAAUUAUGCAGAUCAUGCAGGCCUCGGCAGAUAUGGCAGCAGCUACCGGUCAAGAUAUUGGUAGUGUAGCACAACAACUUAACGCUACAUAUAACGGUAAUGCUGGAGCGUUAGGCCGUCAAAUUAGCGCAAUAAACAAUCUGACAAAAGAAGAACUCGAAAACGGCCGCGCCAUAGAAUUGGUGGCCCAGCAGUAUAAAGGCAUGGCAGCCGCUACCGCAGACGUAGAGGUGCAGCUUUCUAACGCAUGGGGCGAUUUUAAAGAAAAUAUCGGCCGAGGCUGGCAGAAUGUAACCCAGCCGGUAAAACAAUUCUUUCUUGACGUAUUAAAUAAUAUUAACGAGGCAACGGCAAAAACAAACGCAAUCAAGGACGCAGGCAAGAAAGACACGACAGGCACGGCAACAGCAGCAGACAAAAAAAUUCUGCUGGACGAUGCGCAGGCACGCUUGAGUCAAUUGCAGGAAAUAAACAAACGGUAUGUAAAGGAAGUUGAGAAAACCACAAAAAGCCUUGAGGAACUGCAAGCCGAAUGGGACGCGCAGUACGGGAAAAUGUCCCCACGCAUGAGGCGCGACAGCGGCGCACCGAUGAGGCCGACUGCGCAAACGGUAAACGCAACCAAUACAAAAGGCGGAGCGUAUCUCAAGGCAGCAGCGCAGGAAAACGAAAAGGAAAUAGCACGCCUCGAAAAAGAAACAGAAACCGACCUCGAAUUAGCAAAGCUGGACGAAAAAUACGAAAAAGGCGAAAUGAGCGAGGAACAAUACUACGAAAAGCAAAAAGCCAUUAAACGCAAAGCAGCGCAGGAAGAAUACAAAAUACAAAUGUUCCAAUGGACGGCCUCAAUAUUAGCCGCUACCGCCAAUAUAGCAGAGGGCGUCAGCAAAGCCAUAGCGCAAGGCGGAACAGCCGGCCUUAUUACGGGCGCAUUAGUAGGAGCAGCCGGAGCUGUACAAAUCGCGUCUAUUAUCGCUAGUAAACCGGUACCGCCACAAUUUUACGCCGGCGGUAUUAUCGGAGGCGCAAACGGCGCAAGCAUGGGAAGUGACAAUACAUAUAUACACGCCCGCGGCGGUGAAAUGGUAUUGAACGCAGACCAGCAGCGCAGCCUUUGGGAUAUAAUCAACGGAAUGGGCAGCAGGCAGCCGGACGGCCUUAAUCUGACCGUAAACAAUACGCAGGCCAACCGCGUAGACGCAGACGUCCGCGAACAAGACGGCGAAGUAUUUAUAGACAUAUUGGACAAGCAUAUAAACAAAGGCUUUACCGACGGAACAUACGACGCAGGUUUAGCCGCAAUGAACACACGACAAGAGGGGGUUAGAAUAUUAUGA